AUGGCGGAGCGAGAGAAAGGAGCUGCAUCCCCGCCCGCCUCCUCACCCUUCCUGGGGCUGCACCUCGCCUCGCCCCCCAAUUUCAGGCUCACCCAUGACAUCAGCCUUGAGGAAUUUGAAGAUGAAGACCUCUCUGAGAUCACUGAUGAGUGUGGAAUCAGCCUGCACUGCAAGGAGAGCCUGGCCACCCGGCCAGGCCGGGCGGGCGGCGCGGCCCGGGCGGCGGGCGGCGGCGAGGCCAGCCGGCUGCAGGCCGAGAUGCUCCAGCUCGACCUCAUCGACGCGGCGGGGGACACGCCGGCCGAGGAGCAGACGGCGCCCGAGCCGCUGCAGAAAGAGCCCCCGGCCGGGACCACCGAAGUCUACAGGCCGAAGCGACCCACAACCCUCAACCUCUUCCCGCAGGUGCCUCGCAGCCAGGACACUCUGAAUAACAACUCUCUGGGGAAAAAGCACAGUUGGCAGGAGCGGGUGUCCCGGUCGUCAUCCCCUCUGAAAACGGGUGAGCAGACCCCUCCCCAUGACCACGUUUGCCUGAGUGAUGAGGUCAAUCACCAAAACAGCACAACCUCCACCAAAGACCGGGGCACAUCCACGGAGAGCCCAUGCCGGCGCACAGCAGCCACACAGAUGGCCCCAGCCUGCGUUGCCUCAUCCCGGCCGCCCGAAAAGCACCAGGCCACCAGCCAGGCCCCACCACAUGGUGCCAGCGUCGUGGUGGUGACGAGGGGCCCCGAGGCCCACCGGGACCGCAUCCGCUACCAGACGGAUGUGAGGCUGGAGGCCACAGAGGAGAUCUACCUGACGCCCGUGCAGAAGAACUCGGACCCCCUGGAGACUGACAAGCCGUUCCUGUCUCAGUCCAGUGAGAACCGCAUGUCCAUCAGCUCUGACAUUGACACCUCCGGCUAUUCAGCCCUGGCAGGGAAAACCAACCCCUCCAUCAGCGAGGAGGACGAGGUGCUGGACUACAUGUCCUCCCCUGACAAGACAAACCUGCCCAGGGCCUCCUGUGGUGGUGGGAGUGGUGGUUCCCGGCCAGGGCACAACCUUCAGAGAGCCUCUGUGAGUUCGGACACCAGUGCCCUCUCCUAUGACUCUGUCAAAUACACACUGGUGGUGGAUGAGAACGUGCAGCUGGAGCUGGUGAGCCUCAAGCAGUGCUACUCAGGCUACAGUGAUGAGAGCGACUCGGCCACAGUCUACGACAAUUGCAUCUCUUCACCCUAUGAGUCGGCCAUUGGUGAGGAGUAUGAGGAGGAUGCGCUGAAGCGUGACUCAGUCUGCCUCUCCGAGGACUCCACCCCCGAGGCAGACAUCCACUUCUCCAAGAAGUUCCUUAAUGUCUUCAUGAGUGGUCGGGCACGCUCCUCCAGUGCUGAAUCCUUUGGGCUGUUCUCCUGCAUGAUCAACGGGGAGGAGCAGGAGCAGACUCACCGUGCUGUCUUUAGGUUUGUGCCUCGCCACGCGGAUGAGCUGGAGCUGGAGGUGGAUGAUCCUUUGCUGGUAGAGGUGCAGGCAGAAGAUUAUUGGUAUGAGGCCUACAACAUGCGCACAGGAGAUCGGGGCAUCUUUCCUGCCUACUAUGCUAUUGAAGUCACCAAGGACUCAGACCAUGUAACAGCUCUGGCAAAGAGCAGUGACUGGGUGGACCAGUUUCGGGUGAAGUUCCUUGGCUCUGUGCAGGUUCCCUACCACAAGGGCAAUGAUGUGCUCUGUGCGGCCAUGCAGAAGAUUGCCACCACGCGCCGCCUCACUGUGCACUUUAACCCACCCUCCAGCUGUGUCCUGGAGAUCAGUGUGCGCGGAGUCAAGAUUGCUGUGAAGGCUGACGACUCCAAGGAGCACAGCAAGGUAAACAAGUGUAGCCAUUUUUUCCAGCUGAAGAACAUUUCAUUUUGUGGGUACCAUCCAAAGAACAACAAAUAUUUUGGGUUCAUCACCAAGCACCCUGCUGACCACAGAUUUGCCUGUCAUGUCUUCGUCUCGGAGGAGUCCACAAAGCCACUGGCGGAGUCUGUAGGGAGGGCUUUCCAGCAAUUCUACAAGGAGUAUGUGGAGUACACAUGCCCCACAGAGGACAUCUACCUGGAGUAGGGGCUGGCACAGGCACCUCCUGCACAGCCAGG